CCAGCGAUUCGCCCUAGCCCCCAGUCAGCAUCCCUAUCCUGCUUCGGGGGCUUUUUCUGUCUAUAUCACACCCUCUACCUGUCCCUCACCUGGACCCUCAAUUCUACGUAUCCCUACUGUCUUCUGCUUCUUUGCGCUCCAGAUCUCUGGCGCUCUGCACUCCCUGGCUCCUUUCACCUGCGCCCAGCUCUCUUGCCCCUUCCGGUGCGCACCCCUUACCCAGCGCCUGGCCGUGCGCCUGCGCCCUGAGCCUGUGGGCUACGGAGUUGGUGGAACUUCUGCUGCUUCUGUUGCGUUGAGAACGGGAUCUAGGUUCCAGGAGCGACGCCCGCACAGGGCUGGGACAGGUGGUUACGCUAGCCGCGAUGGGCUGCUCCAGCAGCGCCCUCAACAAGGCGGGAGACAACAGCAAGUUCAGCAGCGUAACUUCAAAUGAGUGUUUAUCUACCACAGAAGAAAGUGAUUCCUGUGUUGCCCAACCCACACCCCGCACACCAGGAAAAGAAUCCAUAUUUCAUGGCAACAUACAAAGGGAAAGCCUUCCCCCUCUGGAGAAGCCCAAGGCAUCAGUGGUGCCUACAGCUAAUGGUGUUGUAUCCCGUGAACGGCCCCUGGCAAAGGAGGUAGCCCCUGAAAAGGAUGCCAUAGACCAGAUAGGACCUACAGAGAAGACUCAGCCUCUCCAGGGACCCGAGGAAUCUGAGGCACCUCAUUUAGGUGGCAGAGAUGAUACCCCAGGAGCAGAAGAAAAGAAGAAAGAUGUGGAAACAAUGACAGAAGUUCAGGCUGAAAAAGGAAAUGCUCAGACUGAACUUUCAGAAGUCAAGGAUCCAUCUUCAGAGACAGCAGGAGAGAGGAACUCCUCUGGAACAGGGGAAGAUGCUGGGAAUCCACCAACUAUUGCGGUGAUGCAACCUCCAGGAACAAUGGAGAACAUUCAGCCUCUGGGAACAGAUGGAGAGCUGCAGCCUCCAGAAGCAAUGGGAAAAGAUGGACAGUCCCAAUUUCUAGGAGCAAUUCCCAAAGAGCACAAAUCUCCAGAAAUGUUGGAAGGAAGUCAGUUUGUGGAAACUAAUGAAGAACAGAAAUUUCAAGAAACAGUGGGAAACGAGGAGCAAUCCCAGCUUCUAGAAACAAUUUCCAAAGAGAAUUUAACAUCAGAAAUAUUGUACAGAAGUCAGUCUGUGCAAACUCCUGUAAUGAACGACUUACUCCACACAGCUUCUGAAGGUCCUGAAAACAUGGAGCAGAUUCAACCUGAAAGAAUAGUUGGAAGCAUGGAGCAACCGGAAGGAAUUCCAGAGACAGCGGCAAAUGUGGAAAUGGCUGGAAAAAUUCACACUAACCAAGCAGACCAAUACACUGAAGGUGAGACAGGAGAAAAGGUGGAAACAGAGAUGGAGAAUGAGAAUGUAAGUGAAAGGGCUGAAACAAAAGAAGAAGAAACAGGAGAAGCCGUUGAUCUUUCAGCAGCCACAGAGCUGGGGAUGGCGACAGAAGGGUGAACAGACACAGCCUGGUUCAGUGGAGAGAUGCAGUUUGUAGUUGUGCAUCAUUUCGUGUAUGUGUGUUUAUGGUUCUUAACUUUCUAUAGCUACAUAUUUUGCACAAGGAGUGUGAUUGUAGGUAGACUGUUGGAACCAUGACAGUGAUGCCACGCUCUUGACUGUGUUGUUCCAUGAAACUGCUAAGCUGGGAAUGGUUUUCUUAGCUACUUAGGACAGUGACACAUUUAAAAUCAUAUUAGCCAGAGCCAAUAAAAACUGGGCUACGUGAUCAUUUAAGAGCGUGAGGGUGACUAUCUUUAUUGUGGCAAUGGGUCCAUUCAGUAUAGGAAAAGAUAACCUAAAUAUAAGGUAUAGACCUGUAGCUACAGAAGGCUGGAGAAAGGUAGCAAAUUUUAGGAGAAUUCAUGAUUAUAAGUUCAUGUAGUUCAAUUAUGAGGGAAUAAAAAUGAACAACACAAAAUUAAUGGGACAAACUAGGCCUAGUAUUUCUGUCCUAUCAUAGAGUUUAGAGCUGGUAGGAAUCUUAGGAAGUAUGCCAUCUCAUUAUCUUCUCACCUUGUCUCUCUACUACCAAGAGCCUUAUUUAUCAUGAUACAUUAUGUUAAUAAAGUGCUUUUUAAAGGAAUGUGGCUUUGGUGCUGUCACAAGAUUAGUCAUUUUUUGCAAGGAAGGCUCCACAUUUUCAUUUGUGCCUUUUUGAAUCAGCUGCUGAUUUUACACUUAUGUGAGGUGUUGGACUAACAUUAAAAGCAUUUUAAAUUAAUUGACAUUUAAUAUAUUUCAGAGACAACAAAUACCAAGGAUUAAAUCCUAGAUUUGAUGCUAUGUGGAGUCUUCCUGGGCCCUAUUCUUUUUUAGAUGACUGCAUAUUAAUAUUAGGUUUUAGGGGUAAAGAAGAUAAGAAAUCAAAAUAUUUAUAAUAUUUUGUAGUGUAAACAUUAGGUAGCACAGAAAAUCACUUUUCAAGAAUUCUUCCAAAGUUGGAAAAGGUAAAUGAUUGUACAUGAAUAAUAAAUAAUGAUUGAUAAUUUUCCCACCAAGUGCCUUGUGUUUAUGAAUAUUGGUAGAAUUCUGGAAAUAUUUGGAUUCUAUUAUUUUUACAUAUAUGUAUAUUUUAAGGUAACUUCUAAGAUGUAUUAACUACUCUUACUUUAGUGUAUAUAUUAAAAUGACUACUGAGAGGACCUGUGGUAAGAAUAUAAGAUAUAGGGGUGGGGGAUAUAGUUCAGUCAGUAGAGUGCUUGCCUCACAUGCACAAGGCCCUAUGUUCAAUCCCCAGUACCACCAAAAAAGAAAAAAAGAAAAGAAAGAAAAAAAAAUAUAGGAUACAGGGAAGAGUACAUCAUCUUAGUUCUGAUUUUAGUAUUAGUUUAUGCUUCUGACUUUAAAGUGUUCAAAGGUAGAUAAAAGAGGAGUUCUUUGAGUGGAUGAUGUCAUCCUAUCUGCAAAAUAAAGAAGAUUGUGAUUUCUGUUU